AUGAUCCUUCUACUGCAAUUUCACUUUUGUUCGCUAUUCCUUUCCCUUAAUUUGCCCUCCAAUUUCGUCAUUUCACUUGUCCUGCUCCUCGCCCACUCUUCCCCAGCAGUCCACUCUUUCCCUCACUUGUUCCUUCAAAGUCUUCGCCAGGACAGGCGAACGACACCCUCAGGAUCCUCUCUCAUCGUUGUUUGGGGAGUCAUAUGUGCCUUGAAAUCAAUCUAAAUAAUCGUGGUCUUUGAAGCUGUCCGGCUCAUUGAGCCAGCUUCUCUUACGCGGAACCUCCAAACGUCUCCAGAGAGCGGCCGGAGAUCAGCUCGAACAUGCUACUUGCAUCGGAGCGAUUACGCACAACACUCCUCAGGUUGACUCCGUAGCUUGACGGACUGAUGUACUCAAAUUAUACAGAACCAGCACGAUGACAAUCAUAAUUUCAUUAUC